AUGAGUUACUGGAACUUGGAGAAAAGGAACUGUGUGCAGUACCGCAGGCAUUUUCUGGUGGACAACAGUCUGUUUCACGUUGAAAGAUGCAUGAGUGUCAUGCAGUCCGGGACACAGAUGAUCAAACUGAAGCGUGGGACCAAAGGGCUCGUCCGGCUCUUUUACCUGGAUGAGCACAGGACCCGCCUCCGAUGGAGACCCUCUAGGAAGAGCGAGAAGGCAAAAAUACUUAUUGACUCCAUUUACAAAGUCACCGAGGGUCGGCAGUCUGAAAUAUUCCACAGACAGGCUGAGGGGAACUUUGAUCCCAGCUGCUGCUUCACCAUCUACCAUGGCAACCACAUGGAGUCCCUGGACCUCAUCACCUCCAACCCUGAGGAGGCCCGCACCUGGAUCACAGGCCUCAAGUACCUGAUGGCCGGCAUCAGUGAUGAAGAUUCCCUUGCCAAAAGGCAGAGGACCCACGACCAGUGGGUGAAGCAGACCUUUGAGGAAGCUGAUAAGAAUGGUGAUGGCUUAUUGAACAUUGAAGAGAUACACCAACUGAUGCACAAACUAAAUGUCAAUCUGCCCCGAAGAAAAGUCAGACAAAUGUUUCAGGAAGCUGAUACAGAUGAGAAUCAGGGAACUUUGACAUUUGAAGAGUUCUGUGUUUUUUACAAAAUGAUGUCAUUGAGACGGGACCUUUAUUUGUUGCUUUUGAGCUACAGUGACAAGAAAGAUCACCUAACUGUGGAAGAACUGGCUCAGUUUUUGAAGGUGGAGCAAAAGAUGACGAAUGUGACAACAGACUAUUGUAUUGACGUCAUAAGAAAAUUUGAAGUUUCUGAAGAAAAUAAGGCAAAAAAUGUCCUUGGCAUAGAAGGCUUCACGAACUUCAUGCGUAGUCCUGCUUGUGACAUAUUUAACCCACUGCACCAUGAAGUGUACCAGGACAUGGACCAGCCCCUGUGCCACUACUACAUCGCUUCCUCCCACAAUACAUACCUGACCGGGGACCAGCUCCUGUCUCAGUCCAAAGUGGACAUGUAUGCACGGGUGCUGCAGGAGGGCUGUCGCUGCGUGGAAGUUGACUGUUGGGAUGGCCCCGACGGAGAGCCGGUCGUACACCACGGUUACACGCUCACUUCAAAGAUCCUCUUCAGAGAUGUUGUGGAGACCAUCAACAAGCAUGCCUUUGUGAAGAACGAGUUCCCGGUCAUACUGUCUAUUGAGAAUCACUGCAGUGUCCAGCAGCAAAGGAAAAUUGCUCAGUACCUGAAAGGAAUAUUCCGAGACAAACUCGACCUGUCAUCUGUAGACACAGGAGAGACCAAGCAGCUUCCAAGCCCUCAAAGUUUGAAAGGCAAAAUCCUAGUGAAGGGCAAGAAGUUACCUUAUCACCUUGGAGAUGAUGCAGAGGAAGGGGAAGUUUCUGAUGAAGACAGCGCAGAUGAAAUUGAAGAUGAGUGCAAGUUCAAGCUCCAUUAUAAUAACGGGACCACUGAGCAUCAGGUGGAAUCUUUCAUAAGGAAAAAACUGGAGUCGCUGUUAAAAGAAUCUCAAAUUCGAGACAAGGAAGAUCCUGAUAGUUUCACAGUGAGGGCACUACUGAAGGCCACGCAUGAAGGCUUAAAUGCACACCUGAAGCAGCAUCCAGAUGUGAAGGAAAGUGGAAAGAAAACACAUGGACGAUCCCUCAUGACCAACUUCGGAAAACAUAAGAAAACCACAAAAUCACGGUCCAAAUCUUGUAGUGCUGAUGAAGAGGAGGACGCACAGCAGAAUCCUGGCAAGGAGACCGGCCAGCUGUACAGGUUGGGCCGCCGAAGGAAAACCAUGAAGCUCUGUCGAGAGCUCUCUGAUUUGGUUGUGUACACAAACUCCGUGGCAGCCCAGGACAUUGUGGACGAUGGAACCACAGGAAAUGUGUUAUCAUUCAGUGAAACAAGAGCACAUCAGGUGGUUCAGCAGAAAUCUGAGCAGUUCAUGACUUAUAAUCAGAAGCAGCUCACGAGGAUUUAUCCCUCUGCCUACCGCAUCGAUUCCAGUAACUUCAACCCUCUGCCCUACUGGAACGCAGGUUGCCAGCUAGUGGCAUUGAACUACCAGUCUGAAGGGCGAAUGAUGCAGUUAAAUCGAGCCAAAUUCAAGACAAAUGGCAAUUGCGGCUAUGUCCUCAAACCCCAGCAGAUGUGCAAAGGUACUUUCAACCCUUUCUCUGGUGAUCCACUUCCUGCCAACCCUAAGAAGCAGUUCAUCCUGAAAGUAAUUAGUGGACAACAACUCCCCAAACCUCCAGAUUCCAUGUUUGGAGACCGAGGCGAGAUCAUUGAUCCUUUUGUAGAAGUUGAAAUUAUCGGAUUGCCAGUAGAUUGUUGUAAAGAUCAGACUCGUGUGGUAGAUGACAAUGGAUUUAACCCUGUGUGGGAAGAAACCCUCACAUUUACAGUACACAUGCCAGAAAUAGCUUUGGUUCGGUUCCUUGUGUGGGAUCACGAUCCGAUUGGACGAGAUUUUGUUGGGCAAAGAACUGUGACCUUUAGCAGCUUAGUGCCUGGCUACCGGCAUGUCUAUUUGGAAGGACUGACAGAAGCAUCCAUUUUUGUCCACAUAACAAUCAAUGAAAUCUAUGGAAAGAACAGACAGCUCCAAGGUCUGAAGGGGCUGUUCAAUAAGAAUCCCAGGCACAGCUCUUCAGAAAACAGUUCCCAUUAUGUUCGGAAGCGAUCGAUUGGAGAUAGGAUUCUGCGACGCACAGCCAGUGCUCCAGCCAAAGGCAGAAAAAAGAGCAAAAUGGGCUUCCAAGAAAUGGUAGAGGUAAAGGAUUCUGUGUCUGAGGCUGCAAGAGGACAAGAUGGGGUCCUGAGAAGGACCGCACGGAGUUUGCAAGCACGCCCUGUCUCUAUGCCUGUUGACAGAAGUCUUCUGGGGGCUCUGUCGCUGCCUAUAUCUGAAACUGCAAAAGACACAGAAGGAAAAGAAAACUCUCUGGCAGAAGAUACGGAUGACAGAAGAGAUGGGAAGGCAAGUAUAAAAGACCAACAUUUUCCAAAUUUCAACAAAAAGUUAUCCGCUUCCUCCAGUGCUCUCCUCCACAAAGACAUCAGCCACGGGGACUCUGCUGUUUCUACCGCCAACUUGUCAAUCACAGAACAGUUGCUACCAGGUCCAAAGGGUGGGAGAACCAAAUCAAAUGUGUUAAGUGAUCGCCAGGAACACCAGUGUACCAACAAAUCCCUCUCCCCAAGGCAGCAUUUGGCUCGUGACCCUGCAGUUAGCCUAACACAAGAUCUAUGUGGUGUGAAAACCAAGGAAAAUGGGAAUGCUGGGGGCUUCGUGGUAGGGAAGAGCGCAUUGUCAGGAAGCAUCCUUUCUCAAAGCAAUCUGGAGAUUAAGAAGCUGGAAGGUAAUUGGGAUAAGGGCAGAGCUGCAACAUCCUUUUCUUUGUCAGACGUCUCUACGCUCUGUUCUGACAUACCUGACUUACAUUCCACUGCAAUUCUCCAGGAGAGUGAAAUUUCCCAUCUUAUUGAUAAUGUCACUUUGACAAAUGAGAAUGAGCCUGGCAGUUCCAUCUCAGCACUGAUUGGCCAGUUUGAUGAGACCAGCGACCAGGUUAACCCCACAGUUUUGUCUCAUCUUCAGAGCCCCAGUGUGAUAGCAGGCCAUCCUCCCUUGCCUACCAUGGACCUAAAAAUGCCCUUCAAGCAUGGCUUUUCCAGUGGAAAACCCAAGUCAUCCUUCCUGUGCUCAUCUCCUGAGCAGACUGCAUUCUUGGGGCACGAGAACUCUGAAUGCUCAACACAUGCAGCUGUUUGUGAAUCUAUCUGCACUCCUGUCUCUAAAACUAAAGCAGAUGAUGACCUUUCUGGGAAGACCAAGACAGGGGCCAUGGAAAACAAUCUGCCUCUGUCCUCUAAUAAUCCUCACUGCUGGUUACUAAAAAGUCCCACCCACAAAAAAGACUGGGAAAUACUGAAGAACCACAGCCCUGCCACUUCCACUGACUUGACACUGAAAGAUGUAAUGGUGGAUCCCACUCUCUGUUUAAAUUCUGGGGAGAGCAGUCUCGUGGAAAUGGAUGGAGACUCACAAAGUCUGCCUUUAACAACGUAUGGAUAUAGGAGAGAGGGCACAAGUCACCUCGCUUCUCCUUUAAAACUGAAAUACAGUCAGGAUGUGGUGGAACAUUUUCAAAGAGGCUUGAGAAAUGGCUACUGUAAAGAGACUCUCCACUCUUCUGUCUCUGAAAUAUUCAACAGUAGUAUUCAAGAUGUCAAAAAUCAAAAUAUUUCUCGUCUAGCCUAUCAGGGUGCUGGUUUUAUGCAUAACCAUUUCUCAAAUUCAGAAGCAAAAAAGAACCAGACCCCUGGGCCCCUGUCUAGCGUUCAAGACAUGCAUGACCCUGCCCCCGAGCGGUCCACACACCCUCCUCUGCCUGCUCUGAAGCUUCCCAGUCCUUGCAAAUCCAAAAGUCUGGGAGACUUAACAUCAGAGGACAUCGCCUGUAAUUUUGAAAGCAAGUACCAGUGUAUUAGUAAGAGCUUUGUUACAACGGGCAUCAGAGACAAGAAGAGCGUAACUGUGAAAACAAAGUCGUUAGAGCCUAUAGAUGCCCUGACCGAACAGCUGCGGAAGCUUGUGUCCUUUGACCAGGAAGACGGCUGCCAAGUGCUGUAUUCCAAGCAAGAUGUCAAUCAGUUCCCCAGGGCACUGGUCAGAAAGUUGUCAUCCAGAAGUCAGAGCAGAGUGCGCAACAUUGCCAGUCGCGCCAAGGAAAAGCAGGAAGCCAACAAGCAGAAAAGUGUGAACCCCAGCCCUGUGGGAGGAGUGGUUCUUCGAAGCAAACCCUGCGCGCCGGCGCCCGUGGGGAACCGGCACUCCACCGGCUCGUACAUCGCGGGCUACUUGCGGAGCGCCAAGGGUGCCUGCGGCGUGGAGGGCCGCGGCAUCCCCGAGGGCGCGUGCGCAGCCCUGCGCUCCGGGCAUGCCGACCAGUUCUGUUCACAUCAUUCCGUUUUGCAGACCGAGCCGAGCAGUGACGAUAAACCAGAAAUUUAUUUUCUUUUGAGACUGUGAAUUACAUAAAGCUGCAUUUUUUUUUUUUUACAUUUUAAAUAAGCUGCAUUUUCACUGUUUACAAGAUAUUCUGUAGAAUGUCCGAGUUUUCAGUAAAUACGGUCCUUGGC